GGCGAAGACCCCGCUCAGACCGGACAGCAACAUCCGGCGCCGAGUCCGCUUUUCAGCCUCUUCCGACCGGAAGCCACUUCCGGCGCUCUCGCCUCUGGUGCAGGAGAGCCGCCCGGACCCUUUCCUACGCGUUCCCGGCGUUUCUCUUCGGAAAGCGGGCGCCACGCCGGAAGAGCAUGGCGGCGGCCGCUCUCAAGCGACUUUGGUCCCGAAACCGGGGAGAGCCGGCGGGCCCGGGGACCGCCAAGCCCGGCGUGUGGGCGCGGUUGGGCUCCUGGGCCCGCGUGCUGCUCCGAGACUACGCCGAGGCCUGCGGGGACGCGGCGGCGGCGCGCGUCGUCGGGCCGCAGCAGCUGCGCUCCGAGGCCAACGAGCGGCUCUUCGACGAGAAGUACAAGCCCGUGGUGCUCACCGACGACCAGGUGGACCAGGCGCUGUGGGAGGAGCAGGUCUUGCAGAAGGAAAAAAAGGACAGGCUCGCCCUGAGCCAGGCCGACUCCCUGGUGCGGCCCGAGGCGCCCCGUUAACCCCCGCCCCCCCACGGCGGACUCCUGUGCCCCAGAGUGCACGGCCUCUGCGAGCGAGGGAAGUAAGUGACACGCAGAGCAUGCCCUGGGUUCUCAGCACCUGUCCGCCCGCGCUCCCCUCCCCUUGUUCCUUGCAGCAGACGCUGGUGCCGAUCGCUGCCGACCUUGGUAAUGAGCCCCGCGCGUCAAUAAGCUUUUCUCGUGGAGCCUCACGAGAGCCGAGGGAUCCUUUUGGUCAAAUGAUUCCAAAGCGCUCCGAAGACUAUUCAGGUUUUUUAAGUUUGGCCACGUUUGCCCUCAUUUCAUAUUCGUGAUUAGCGUUAAUUACUUGAAAAUAAAGUUAGAGAGUUGAUAGUCUCAGAGGAAUGUGGAAAAAUAGCCCGGACAUGCUGGGUACCCUUCACCCAGCGGAGCCCAGAUGGUCACGUUUGACGGUGAGCCGAGCCACACCAGGAGCCGGCCGGUGGGAGGGGUGCAGACGUUACAGGGCAGCUUUUGGCAAAAAAUCCACCUGCUUUUACCGGAGCAGGCAAAGUGAGUCGGAAGGGAAAACAUUAUUUGGAAUUAAUUAUGGAAUCCUAGAUCGUUUAUACUUCAGAAACUCUGGAAACCCAGAAUCCUACGAAACGGGAGGUACGAAGCUUGUACUUAGUUUUAAAAGCAGAAUUUUCAUAAGCUACUAGAGGAAGACUACCUCUGUCACCUAAGUGGCCUGUGGCUGGUUAAUAAAAUGAUGAAACAAC